AUGACGAAGACCACCACUCCUGUCUUCGAGCCGCUUCGUUCGCGCGCGGCCUGUGCGGCGUCGGCGUCGACGACCUUCCUGCGGUUCGACGUGGGCGAACGGAACUCGGUGAUCGUGCUGGACACGGCCUUCGUGGUGCGCGAGGAGGCCGCCAUCCUCGCCACCCACUCCAUCGCCCACCCCAAGUCCACCGACCUCUUCGCUUCGACGGAAAGAAGCUGA